GAGGAGGGAGCGGCUGUGCUUCCCGCCGCCGGCCUGCGGCGCCUUCUCUGCGGGCCUCGCUAAGGAGCCCAGGGUGCCUGGCCGUUCCGGGACGGCGAGGUGUGCCGGGUGUCGCCCGCGGCCAGGCUCGCAGGCUCCGGGCUGUCGCUAAAAGAAUUGGGACAAAUCACGUGACUUCCUACGCUGUGAACCAUGGCACUGCCAUUCCGGAAGGACUUAGCAGAGUAUAAGGACCUGGAUGAAGAUGAGCUCCUUGGCAAUCUGUCAGAAACAGAACUGAAACAGCUCGAAACCGUCCUGGAUGAUCUUGACCCUGAGAAUGCCCUUCUGCCUGCAGGGUUUCGACAGAAGAACCAGACAUCAAAGUCUGCCACGGGACCCUUUGAUAGAGAACGUCUGCUUUCUUAUCUAGAGAAGGAAGCAUUGGAACAUAAAGACCGGGAAGACUAUGUGCCCUACACUGGAGAGAAGAAAGGGAAAAUUUUUAUUCCCAAACAGAAACCUGUGCAGACUUUUGCAGAAGAAACCAUAUCCCUUGACCCAGAAUUAGAAGAAGCUUUGACAAGUGCCUCUGAUACAGAAUUGUGUGACCUUGCAGCUAUCCUUGGGAUGCACAAUCUGAUUACAAACACACAGCUGUGUGAUGUGGGAAGCAGUAACGGUGUUGACCAAGAACAUUUUUCAAAUGUGGUGAAAGGUGAAAAGAUUCUUCCAGUGUUUGAUGAGCCACCAAAUCCAACCAAUGUUGAGGAGAGUUUAAAGAGAAUUAAGGAAAAUGAUGCCCGUCUUGUUGAAGUUAAUUUGAAUAAUAUUAAAAAUAUUCCAAUCCCAACUCUAAAAGAGUUUGCCAAGACUCUGGAAACCAACACACAUGUGAGACAUUUCAGUCUUGCAGCCACCAGAAGCAAUGACCCCGUGGCUGUCGCAUUUGCAGAUAUGCUGAAAGUGAACAAAACUUUGAAGAGUUUAAAUAUGGAGUCCAACUUCAUCACCGGUGCUGGGGUUUUAGCACUAAUUGAUGCUUUGAGAGACAAUGAGACCCUGAUGGAGCUCAAGAUUGACAAUCAGAGGCAGCAGUUGGGCACAGCUGUAGAAUUAGAAAUGGCCAAGAUGCUUGAAGAAAAUACGAAUAUCCUUAAAUUUGGCUAUCAGUUCACGCAGCAGGGACCCCGAACCAGGGCAGCCAAUGCUAUAACGAAAAACAAUGACUUAGUGCGCAAGAGACGAAUUGAAGGAGACCACCAGUAAGAGUACCAAGGGUAACCUUUGGAAGCCUGCAGAUGACCAGAGGCUCCUGUUGGUGACAACAGAUGUUAAAACUUCCUGGGUAGAAGGGAAAAGACUGGAAAUCCUUUUUUUAAACUAUAUGCAUUAUUUUCCUAGCUUAAGGUAUUAUGUUUGAUUUGUAAAAUCAGUAUUGGGUAGUAUUUUAUAUUUUUAGCUUUUCUACUGAAAUCAUUUUAAUUUAGCUUAAUUGAAUGGUUUGUAUUUUUUAGAUAGAAAUGCAGUUGUAGAAAAAGUUUCAGAAGUCAUGUAUGUAAGAAUAAUUUGAACACCUUAAGGACCAAUCUUUUUAAAGCAGAAAGGGACAUUGCUGACUCGGUAUUAAUGUUGUUCCUUGUAGAUAAAGGAUAAGGCAUAUAGAGGUUUCCUUUUAAAAAAAAAAACAAAAACAUGAAUUUGGCAAGAACUUGCUUUUUCCUUUUUAGGGAAAUAAAAUUUCAGAAUUUUAAAAGAUGGCUCAGGAUUUGAUAUAUCUACCUAAGCCAAAGCAGGCCUCCGGAAGGUGGACCGGUCCUCCUCUGGGAGACCGAAUGGUCCUCUGCGCCGAAGGUUUCUGUACUCAUGCAGUGAGCCUCAGCUACACUGGCUUUGUUUGUUUGUUUGUUUGUUUGUUUGCUAAUAGUCCUUAAUUCUACUCACUGCUUGCCUUGUUUAAAAGUAUAGUUAUAGCUUAGGGUACUGCAGUAUUUCAUCUUGCUGUGGGCAUUACAUUUUUGUAAAAGCCAAUGGUUAGAAAGCAUCAAACUAUAGAUGUUAUUUUCUUCCCCAUUAAAAGGCUUUUGGCCAAUACUCAGUUACUUAAAGUAAAAGAAAAAGAGAAAGGUGCUGUUAGAUAUAGGAGGGAGUUCAAACCCAAAGAACUCACAAAAUGGCCACUGAACUGAUGAGUAUUGUCAGUAUUGUCAGUGAUGGUCACUCCUAUACAUCUAACACUUGGAAGCUGAGAAAAGGACUAUUUCCAGAUGUUUGUAGCCAGCCUGGACUAUAUAGGAAAUUCUAUGGCCUGUGCUAGGGCAGUUCCUACAGAAGGAGUAGGAGAGGCACUCAUAGCCACAGACAACAGAGAGGAGAAGGCCCAGUGAGGCAUGAACAAGUUGAGUUUUGCUUUUCCAUUCCAGUUCUAUAAUGCAUUAUAUAACUGAAGAAAAUACUUCUUUAUAAGUAACUUCAGUAUGAACUUAUCCAAUUAAAUAGAUACGUUUUAAGAGUUAUUAUUGGAGGCCAGGGAUGGUGGCACAUGCCUUUAAUCCCAGCAGUAGGGAGACAGAAGCAGACGGGUCUCUGAGUUACAGGACAGCCAGAGCUGUUACACAGAGAAACCCUGUCUUGGGGGAAAAAAAAAACUAUAAUGGAAAACAGUGUUUACCUUGAUCUUUAAAAGUCUGGCUGGCACCUCUACACUUUUUAUGAACUCAGUAUUCAAAUUCCUCUGAGAUUUUUAUGACAUAGUAACAGAUUAGGACUUUACAACAGAUUUAAUUAUAAGCCAGAGAUUUUCUAAACCCUUAAGUCUUAUGUCAAAUUAAAUGGUUAUCUAAGAAUAUUCACAUUUUGAAAACUGCUCUUUUAAGAAGCUUUAAAUUGCCCAUUUUAUAAAACUAUGCAUUUGUAUUUGUCUUGUUAUAAUUUUCAGUAUGUCUACCUGAAAUUAUAUACAUUAAAUUGAGUUCUAGUCUCUAUUACUAAUACCUUGAAAGUAGAUUUUGGUGCUAUACACUUAUUAUAGCUAAAACCUACUGGGAGUUUAAGGAAUGAGUAAAAUACAUUUUCUAAAGGUGCCUGUCAUUUCAAAGACAAAUAAACAUUUUGUGUUAAACAU